UCGUGGGCUUUGAGACACGAUACACAGAGCUGAUUGUCUUUAAACAGUUCAAAAGAACCUACAGUGAGAGGCACCAUGAACUUGAGAAAAUGGGAAGACAACAUGCAAAGCUCAUAGAGGAGCGGACCAAAGAGAAAUGUGAGCGAAUCUGGACUGAGCAGCUUUUUAGGAGGAGUCCUGGAAGUGAGACAGACCCUCACAUUGUAGUGGUCAGUGGGGUGGCUGGAAUUGGGAAGACCACCAUGGUCCAGAAGAUAAUGUUUGACUGGGCCAGAGGCACUCAGUACCAGAGGUUUGCAUUUGUGUUCCUGUUUAAAUUCAAGGAGCUCAACUUACUAGACACAGAAACAGAACCACAGAUGCCUCUGACCAGGCUGAUUGUAAGGCACUAUAAAUAUCUCAAUGACCCAAGACUGACAGAAAUCCUUCAGAAACCUGAAUCUCUCCUCUUUAUAUUUGAUGGACUGGAUGAGUACAAACACAAACUGGACUUCACACCCAGGAAGCUCCCCUCAAACCCAGAUGACUACUUCCCUGUCCACAUCCUGGUCACCAGCCUGGUCAGAAGGACAUUACUGAAGGGCUGUACAGUUCUAAUCACAACCAGACCAACAGCCCUGGAGGACCUGGACAUGGAGAGAGUUGAUCGAUUUGCAGAGAUCCUGGGGUUCUUCCCUGAACAAAGGUUGAUGUACUUUAAGGAGUUCUUUGGUGAUGCUGCUCAGGGCUCUGAGGCUUUUCAGUAUGUGGAGGAGAAUGAUAUCCUGUACACUAUGUGCUUCAACCCCUCAUACUGCUGGAUUAUCUGCUCUGUCCUGAAGAGCCACUUCAUGACACCUGAAGAAGAGCGAGGAGCUUCCCCCAGAACUGUCACUGAGCUCUUUGCGAUGUUCCUUCUCAACAUCCUCACCAAUCACAAGCGAGAAGCCAAAGACCAGCGAGAGAUUCUGGUCAAACUAGGAAAAAUGGCUUAUUAUGGGGUGGUAAACAGAACUCUUGUGUUUUAUGACAAGUUUGAGAUGUCCACCUUUGGUCUCCGGCAAAUCCUGUCCUCUCCAUUCCUCUCAGGGUUCCUCAAAGAAAUCCUUCAGAGAGAAAGCACUCUGGAGCACACGACGUACACAUUCUACCACCUCACCAUACAGGAGUUCAUGGCCGCCUGUACCUUCUACCUCGAUCCAUCAGGGGGCAUCGAGGAGCUCCUUGAGAAGCUGGAGUUGUGUAAAGAUGGCCAGUUUGAGAUUCUCACUCGAUUUUUAGCAGGACUGGCCAGGGAUUCUGUGUUUAAAACACUGGGGGCAGUCAUGGGGGAGUUUGAGAGGAAGACAGCAAAGCGAAUACUGGAGUGGGUGAAGCAGAAAGCUGAAGAGGCGCUACGGGGACGAGAUAAACGUGAAGCUCUGCGAGUGUGUCAGUGGCUCUAUGAGACUCAGAAUAAAAGAUUAAUCAGAGAUGCCAUUGGGAAGGAGUUAAAGAUGAGUUUUAGUAACAUGACUUUAUCUCCUCUGGACUGUGCUGUGCUGGGCUCUGUCAUCAGCUGCUGUCAAGAACUUGAGGAGCUCAACCUGUCAGGCACAAACCUCACCCCAGAGUGCAUCAUGAGACUGGCGCCGGGGCUUAUCUUCUGCAGACGUGUCGACCUGUCUUAUUGUGGUCUCACCUCCAGAUGUUGCUCAACUCUCUCCUCAGCUCUUUCUGCUCCACACUCACGACUGACUGAACUGACCCUGAGCAAAAACAUCAUGGAGGAUUCAGGAGUGAAUCAGCUGUGUGAGGGGCUGAGGAGUGAAAACUGCAAAUUAGAGAAACUGAACCUGUCUAGUUGUGGUCUCACCUCCAGAUGUUGCUCAGCUCUCUCCUCAGCUCUUUGUGCUCCACACUCACGACUUACUGAACUGAACCUGAGCAAGAACAAGGACAUGGAGGAUUCAGGAGUGGAACAGCUGUGUGAGGUGCUGAGGAGUGAAAACUGCAAAUUAGAGAAACUGAACCUGUCUAAAUGUUGUCUCACCUCCAGAUGUUGCUCAGCUCUCUGCUCAGCUCUUUCUUCUCCACACUCACGACUGACUGAACUGAACCUGAGAGAAAACAACAAAAUGGAGGAUUCAGGAGUGGAUCAGCUGUGUGAGGGGCUGAGGAGUGAAAACUGCAAAUUAGAGAAACUGAACCUGGAGUUAUGUGGUCUCACCUCCAGAUGUUCCUCAUCUCUCUCCUCAGUCCUCUCUUCUCCACACUCACAGCUGACUGAACUGAACCUGAGAUUCAACAGCCUGGGAGAUGCAGGAGCUCGUCAGCUGUGUGAGUGUCUGCGGACCCCAGACUGUAAAUUAAAGACACUGAGCCUGCGGUCAUGUGAUCUCACCUCCAGAUGUUCCUCAUCUCUCUCCUCAGUCCUCUCUUCUCCACACUCACAGCUGACUGAACUGGACCUGAGAGACAACAAACUGGGAUAUUCAGGAACUCGUCAACUGUGUGAGGGUGUGCGGACCACCAGCUGUAAAUUAAAGACACUGUGGCUGUCUGAUAAGGAGAUCAGUGAGAGUGAGAUGAAGAACUUAAGGUCACUACAGGAGGAGCUGAACAGGACUGGACGGCAGGUGAAUAUCAAGAUAUGAGAAGACAGGACAUGCUGAUCAACUGACCCCAGUGAUGGCUCCCCCUGUCCAUUCCCUCUAAAUUCUCCUCUUUAUUCUUUUAUAAUCCCCUCAGCUCUCCUCCACAUUUAAUAAACUCUCCAUGUCUUAUUCUCA